GUGAUCUCAGUCUUCUGCUGUUGACAGCUUCCCUAGUUGAUGCUUUUUCUCUCCCCGCCUGCCUUCAUUUCCGGGGUCGCCUUGACAGCCAGCCGAGCCACCCUCCUGGACUGCUGGAGCAGCUGCGAAAAAGGGGCCGCCUCAGACGUCGUGCAUGGAACUAUGGAAGUCAGAAGGAAGAGAAACCAUACUGCUGCUGAACUGAUGUUUCCCGAUCUGGCUGAUCUGGAGCCUGGGGACUUGAUUGAAGUCUUUCGCUUUGGAUACCAGCACUGGGCCAUCUAUGUAGGAAUUGGCUAUGUGAUCCAUCUGGCCCCACCAACUGAAUAUGCUGGAGCGGGCUGCGCCAGCCUCAUGUCCACUUUGACUGACAAGGCCCUGGUCAAGAAGGAGCUGCUGAGGGACGUAGUUGGGAGGAACCGCUACCGAGUUAACAACAAGCACGACUCCAAGUAUCCCCCUCUGCCCAGGACCAAGAUUGUCCAGCGGGCCGAGGAGAUGGUGGGCCAGGAGCUCCUGUACAAAGUCACAAGUGAGAACUGUGAGCACUUUGUCACCGAGCUGCGAUACGGCGUGGCCAAAAGUGACCAGGUCCGAGAUGCCUUGGUGGGCGUUGGGAUUGCAGGGCUGGGCUUGGCCACCUUGGGAAUCAUCGGUGCCAUGGUCAAGAGGAAGAGGCAGCAACAGAACCAAUAACAGAACCAAUUACAGAGACUCUGAGACUUCUGUGUUCUCUUGGGUUGUUUUGUCUGUUUUGAUAGUCUAAAAAAUGUGGGUUUCCAUUGGGGGACGUUGCCCCGGAGUCCUUCUAACCCAUAACUCCCUGCCAGGAUUCCCAUGGACUUGCAAGUAAAAACAGGUGGGAUGGCUCAUACAUAUAACUAUGCUGCCUCCAUUGUGUAGAGAGAGACUGGAUUGGCUCGAGAAGAGUCUCUUAUGUACGUGUCAUCAAAUUGCAACCAACGUAUGGCCACCACGAAAGGUGCUUUCAAGCCAAGUGAGAAGCCCAGGUGAGUUGGUGGUUUGCCAUGGACCUCCCCUGCAGAGUCUUCCUUGGUGGUCUCCCAUCCAAGUACUGACCCUGCUUAGUUCCCAAGAUCCGAUGAGAUGGGGCUAUACCAUACCAUUCCACAUCCUGACAGGCGUCUCUUGGAAAGGUCAAAAUCCCGGUAGAAAAGGUUGCCAACUUCUUAUUCAGGCCUUGGUCCUACAUUUCACCUCAGCCUACAACUUGGGUUGCCAACUGUCGAACCGACCCCUGCUCCUGUGCCUUUAACAGUGGUUAACAGUGCCUUUAACAGUGGUUGGUUAGCAGCUGACCUUGCUCGGCUCUGUGUGGUGAGCAGUAUCACUUGCUGAGUUCUGAAUAGGAAACCUCCAUUACAGUUUCCACCCCAUAGUCAGUUGGCACCCCCCAAUUUGUAGAUGAGUAAUGCUGAGGCCGAGAAGGAGCAGCUUGCCUGUGAGAGAAACUUUAGAGUGGAGAGUGUUGGACUAGAAAGACCUGGGUUCCAAUUGCAGCUGGACCAUGAAGCUGAUUAGGUGACCUUUGGCCAGUCAUUCUCUAUCAGCAUACCCUACCUUGCGGGGUUGUCAUGGCAAUAACACAGAGGAGAGAACCGCGGGAGCCACCUGAAUGCCUUGGAGGAAGAGUGGGACAAAAAUGUGAUGGGUAGAUGGUCUGAGUCCACUGAGUGAGUUAGUGGAAGAGGCAAGGUUUGAAUUUGCCAUAUUUAUGCUUGUGGAGUGGCAACUCUGUUAUCAACUGGCAAGAUGUUCAGUAGUUAUUUAUAUGCUUAUAUUAAAUUUCUGUACCAUAGGUUAUGGAUCUGAAUCUAAGCAGUAGUGAAGUUAAGGUGUGGGUUCCAUAUGGAUACAAGUCACAUUUAAACAGGCCUUUGUGUGUGUGUGAGAUGGUCAUUUGUAUAAAGGAAGGAUGCCCUUGGUGGGAAAAGCAAGCUGUACCCUUUGCAUAGCCGAGCUCUUCGGGCAAGCUCUUGAACGGAACGUCUGGGCCUGCGUUGUUGCAGGCUGGAAGAUGUUCAUAAGGAAACUGUGAUUUGUUGUGAUUUUAAGUGGUUUGUAUUUGCUUUUGACCCAGAUUUUUAGGAAUGUUGGUUUUCGUUUGUAAACUGCCUCGGGCCCUUUGGAGAAGAAAGGCAGACUAGCUAGAAGUGAAGGAAAUAAAUUCAUCGAGUUGCUGACUCAGGGUAUGCAGAUCCUGACUCAGCGGGUGCUGUCCACAGAGAUUUCAGAAGGGUCUUAUGAGGGUUGAGAAUUUUAAGUGUUUUCAAAUGGGAUACCUUCUAGGGCACAGAGAAGAUGCCAGUGCUGAUAUGAGUUACAGUGCAACCCUUAGUGGAGUUACACUCUUGUAAAUCAAUGAGCUUUAGAAGGGCGUAACCCUGGUUAGACUUGCACUGUUGACCCGGCCACCCGCUUCUGAGAUCUCAGCACAUUUUGCAGUCAUGAGGGCUAGAAACUUGACAUCAUUUUUUAAAAAGCCAAACCCUGAAAGCCGAGAGGCGCAAGGGUGUGCACUCAGUACUACAACUGGUCUUUUUUUUCUGAGCAUCUUCACAACUGCAGCGUAGGAACGGGGCCAACAACAAUCCUGCAGAAGCGAGUCGCAAACUGUUGCAACUGAGACUGGUUUGCCUUGAUGGUGUUUCUCAGUAGAAUGAUUUUUGGCUCUGCCGCUGACUUGGCUGCUGUGCCGUGAUGGGAACCUCUCCUUUCAACAAUCCUGCGAGGUUGGUUUGGCCAAGUGGGUGUGGCUGGUUCAAGGUCACCUAGAGAUCUUCCAUUUUUUUUAGUGAUCAGCUCAACUUUAUUUGUUUUUUUAAAUAAUCUUUUUAUUAAUUUUAAUACUUUACAAACAUGAGAAUAUGUAUCGAAGGAUAGGUGCACAUCUUUUACGAUUCCUAAUGACACAACUUUUUCUUUUUUAGUAAUCAUAUAUGUAUCUGUACAAACAUUAACAAACACUACUAAACAGGCCAUGAACUAAAUUCUAAGCGACAACAGCUUAAAGUAUGUUGGUGAGUUUUAAAUAUGAAGCCUAAUGGAUACUGCAAAAAUUCACGAUUAAUCAUUAAAGAUUUAAAUUCAUAAUAGUACCAGGUGUCAAGAGAGUGGAGCAAGUAUUAGGUGUGCAAGAGAGUGAGAUAUACUGGGCUAUGCGAUUGGCAUUCAUUUGUUAGGACGUAGUCCAAGAAAGGAAGCCAUUUCUCACUAAAAUUAGAUGAUUUGGGAUAGAUUUCAGAUUGCUGCAAUCGGUCGGUAAUCUCCAUAAUGUAAUGAUCCCAGAUUUUAUUGAACCAAUUUUUGGAAGUUGGAGCAUUUGGAGAUGAGAUCUUCCAUGACGGAGUGGGGAUUCACAGAUCUCCACUCUGACCCUUUAAUUGCUAUACCGCACCGGCUCUCGCACCAUGUGGGUGCUGUAUCUGUUUGCCUUCACUUGGCAUUGGACACGGGCCCUGGGGUUUCCAGCUCUGGGUUAUGAAUUGCCUGGAGUGGAGGCUGCAAAGGGAGGAUAUUUGGGGAGGAGCAGGACCUCAGUGUCAUCUAAGGCCACAGAAUACACCUCCAUCCAUAUUCUCCAGGGGAACUGAUCUCUGUCGUCGGGAGAUCAGCCUUCGUUCUGGGAGAUCUCCAGGUCCCAUCUGGCAACCCUAGUGUGGCCCUGCUGCUGUCUAUAGUCCAGCAGGUAUCACAAUGCAGACUAAAGCUAAAAACGGAUUUUUAUAAAAGACACCGUGCAGUCUAACCGCAUUGCAAGUCGCCCUGUUAUUCUUCUCUGAUUGCAUUAAAAAUUCUUCUCUGUGGCCUGUAAACAGAAUUUUUACUGACCUUGGUUUUAACGGAUGUUUUAUUUUAUUAUGAUGUAAAUAUUUUGUCACUAAUAAAACUAUC